GGUUUUGUUUGGGAGGAAGCGGUGGGGGAACUGUGUCAACCCAGCUUCAUAGUCUUCCAAGUGCAUGCUUAGAAAUGACUGUAUUUACAUGCUGUGAGUUCUGACAGCUUCUGUAAAAGGACAGUCCUUCCGUGCCUCCACCAUGAAGGAAACCAGUGAGUCUCCUAGGAGGGCAUGGAGCGGGAGGACAGUGACCAGCUGGUGGUUCUGAGAGAGGACAACAUCCGCAGGCGCCGGAGGAUGAAGGCCCGCAGCGCCGCGGGCAGCCUGUCGUCCCCGGAGCUCAUCCCCAUCGAGUUCGUGCUGCCCACCAGCCAGCGGGGCGGCCCGGGCCCGGAGACGGCGCUGCUGCACGUGGCGGGCCACGGCAACGUGGAGCAGAUGAGGGCGCAGGUGUGGCUGCGCGCGCUCGAGACCAGCGCGGCCGCCGACUUCUACCACCGCCUGGGCCCCGACGGCUUCCAGCUGCUCUACCAGAAGAAGGGGCAGUGGUACGAGAUCUACGACAAGCACCAGGUGGUGCAGACCCUCGACUGCCUGCGCUACUGGAGCGCGCUGCCCAAGAGCCCCGGCCAGAUCCACGUGGUGCAGCGGCGCGCGCCCUCCGAGGACGCGCUGGCCUUCCAGCGACAGCUCACGGCCCUCAUCGGCUACGACGUCACCGACGUCAGCAACGUGCACGACGACGAGCUGGAGUUCACGCGCCGCCGCCUGGUCACCCCUCGCAUGGCCGAGGUGGCCAGUCGGGACGCGCAGCUCUACGCCAUGCACCCGGGGGUGACGUCCAAGCCCCUGCCGGACUACCUGUCGAGAAAGAUCGCCAACAACUGCCUCCUCAUCGUCAUCCACCGCGGCACCACCAGCCAGACCAUCAAGGUCUCGGCCGACGACACGCCCGCGGCCAUCCUCCACCGCUUCUUCGCCAAGAUAGCCAAGAAGAAGUCACUGAUGGACAUCGGGGAGAGCCAAGGCGAGCGGGACUUCGUGCUGCGCGUCUGCGGCAGGGACGAGUACCUCGUGGGUGAGACGCCCCUAAAAAACUUCCAGUGGGUGAGGCAGUGCCUCAAAAACGGAGAGGAGAUGCACCUGGUGCUCGACACGCCCCCGGACCCGGCCCUGGAUGCGGUGAGGAGCGAGGAGUGGCCGCUGGUGGACGACUGCACGGGCGUCACGGGCUACCACGAGCAGCUGACCGUCCACGGCAAGGACCACGACAGCGUGUUCACCGUGUCCCUGUGGGACUGCGACCGGAAGUUCAGGGUCAAGAUCCGAGGCAUCGACAUCCCCGUCCUGCCCCGGAACGCCGACCUCACGGUGUUCGUGGAAGCGAACAUUCAGCACGGGCAGCAGCUCCUGUGCCAGAGGAGAACCAGCCCCAAGCCCUUCGCCGAGGAGGUGCUCUGGAACGUCUGGCUCGAGUUCGGCAUCAAAAUCAAAGACUUGCCCAAGGGGGCUCUGCUGAACCUGCAGAUCUACUGCGGCAAAGCGGCCCCCGCAUCGUCCGCCAGGGCCGCCGCGGAGACGCCGCCCGGUGCCGAGUCCAAGGGCAAAGCCCAGCUGCUCUACUACGUGAACCUGCUGCUGAUAGACCACCGGUUCCUGCUGCGGCACGGGGACUACGUGCUGCACAUGUGGCAGAUCUCCGGGAAGGCCGAGGACCAAGGGAGCUUCAACGCCGACAAGCUCACGUCGGCAACCAACCCAGACAAGGAGAACGCCAUGUCCAUCUCCAUCCUGCUGGACAACUACUGCCACCCCAUAGCCUUACCCAAGCACCAGCCCGCGCCGGACCCGGAAGGGGACAGGGUGCGCGCGGAAAUGCCCAACCAGCUCCGCAAGCAACUGGAAGCCAUCCUAGCCACCGAUCCGCUGAACCCCCUCACGGCCGAGGACAAAGAAUUGCUCUGGCAUUUUAGGUACGAGAGCCUGAAACAUCCCAAGGCAUACCCUAAGCUGUUCAGCUCCGUCAAAUGGGGUCAGCAAGAAAUUGUGGCCAAAACGUACCAACUGCUAGCCAGAAGGGAGAUCUGGGACCAAAGUGCCUUGGAUGUGGGGUUGACCAUGCAACUCCUGGACUGUAACUUUUCCGAUGAAAACGUGAGAGCCAUCGCGGUCCAGAAACUGGAAAGCUUGGAGGACGAUGAUGUGCUGCACUAUCUUCUGCAGCUGGUACAGGCUGUGAAAUUCGAACCGUACCAUGAUAGUGCACUGGCCCGAUUCCUGCUGAAGCGCGGCUUAAGAAACAAAAGAAUCGGUCACUUCUUAUUCUGGUUCUUGAGAAGUGAGAUAGCCCAGUCCAGACACUAUCAGCAGAGGUUCGCCGUCCUUCUGGAAGCGUACCUGCGGGGCUGUGGUAUGGCCAUGCUGCAGGACUUCACCCAACAAGUCCAAGUGACCGAGAUGUUACAGAAAGUCACCAUCGAUAUGAAAUCACUCUCUGCUGAGAAGUAUGACGUCAGCUCCCAAGUUAUUUCACAGCUUAAGCAAAAGCUUGAAAACCUGCAGAAUUCCAAUCUCCCUACAAGCUUUAGAGUUCCCUAUGAUCCCGGACUGAAAGCAGGUACCCUGGUGAUUGAAAAAUGUAAAGUGAUGGCCUCCAAGAAAAAGCCCCUGUGGCUUGAGUUUAAAUGUGCUGAUCCCACAGCCCUGUCCAACGAAACCAUCGGGGUCAUCUUCAAGCACGGCGACGAUCUGCGCCAGGACAUGCUCAUCCUGCAGAUUCUACGAAUCAUGGAGUCCAUUUGGGAGACUGAAUCUUUGGAUUUGUGCCUUCUGCCAUAUGGUUGCAUCUCAACGGGCGACAAAAUAGGAAUGAUCGAGAUUGUGAAAGACGCCACGACCAUUGCUCAAAUUCAGCAAAGCACUGUGGGCAACACGGGCGCAUUCAAAGAUGAAGUCCUGAAUCACUGGCUUAAAGAAAAAUGCCCUAUUGAAGAAAAGUUUCAGGCAGCAGUGGAGAGAUUUGUGUAUUCCUGCGCUGGCUACUGUGUGGCGACAUUUGUUCUUGGAAUAGGCGACAGACACAAUGACAAUAUUAUGAUCUCAGAGACAGGAAACCUAUUCCAUAUAGACUUUGGACACAUUCUUGGGAAUUACAAAAGUUUCCUGGGCAUUAAUAAAGAGAGAGUACCAUUUGUGCUAACCCCAGACUUCUUGUUUGUGAUGGGGACCUCUGGAAAGAAGACAAGCCCACAUUUCCAGAAAUUUCAGGACGUCUGCGUGAAGGCUUAUCUAGCUCUUCGUCAUCACACAAACCUACUGAUCAUCCUGUUCUCCAUGAUGCUGAUGACGGGAAUGCCCCAGUUAACAAGCAAAGAGGACAUCGAAUAUAUCCGGGAUGCCCUCACAGUGGGGAAGAACGAGGAGGAUGCCAAGAAGUAUUUCCUUGACCAGAUUGAAGUUUGCAGAGACAAAGGAUGGACCGUGCAGUUUAACUGGUUCCUGCAUCUUGUUCUUGGCAUCAAACAGGGAGAGAAGCACUCAGCCUAGUACUCUGGGCUAGAACCAAAAAGAAUGUCAAGGGUCUGGAGAGAUGGCUUAGCGGAUAGGGCGCCUGCCUGCGAAGCCUAAGGACCCAGGUUCGACUCUCCAGAUCCCACGACAUAAGCCAGACGCACAAAGGUGAGGCAAGUGCAAGGCCUCACACGCCCACUAGGUGGCGCAAGCGUCUGGAGUUCGAUUUCAGUGGCUGAGGCCCUGGCGUGCCAAUUCUCUCUCUCUCUAAAAUAAAAAGAACGAUGUCAUGUUCCAAAGCUUGUAAAUCAGCAUGUCAGGACACUGUGAGAGCACCCCAGAAGUAUAGCUCUUUCCCUAGCUGAACACUGCACCACAGAAAAUGUUGGCAUUACUGAUGGUUUGAUUACUAUUCGGUGCUAGGCUUAUUUACUAGGUUCCCCCGCCCUCACCCAUCCCCUGCUCUUCUUGGAGGAUACUGUGA